GGUCCCUUGGGGGUUUCCUCAGCCCCACCCCCUCCAACCUGAUCUGCACCGCUUCCUGCCCCUGCAUUUGGCACUCGAGGCUGCACCACCAUGGCGCUGACAGCCCAGCUCUCCUGCCUCCUGGUCCUGUUGGUGACAGACCAAGCCCAUGGCAUCAGGGACUCCCUAGGAGCUCAGGCCCCCGGUCCCCAGCCACUGGAGCUGAAAGAAGUCUUCAAGGCGUUUCAGAUCCAGUUCAACCGGAGUUACUCAAACCCAACAGAGCAUGCUCGCCGUCUGGACAUCUUUGCCCACAACCUGAUCCAGGCUCAGCGGCUACAAGAGGAGGACUUGGGCACAGCUGAGUUUGGGGUGACUCCAUUCAGUGACCUCACAGAGGAGGAGUUUGGUCAGCAGUAUGGGAACCGGAGGGCAGCUGGAGGAGACCCCGGCACGGAGAGGAAGGCAUGGUCUGAAGAGUGGGGGGAGCCGGUGCCCCAUUCGUGUGACUGGCGCAAGGUGCCUGGCAUCAUCUCACCCAUCAAGAACCAGGAGCGCUGCGCGUGCUGCUGGGCUAUGGCAGCCGCAGCCAACAUUGAGGCCCAGUGGGGCAUCUGGGCCCGCCAGCCUGUGGAACUCUCUGUGCAAGAGCUGCUCGACUGUGGCCGCUGUGGAGAUGGCUGCCAGGGUGGCUUCGUCUGGGAUGCGUUCAUAACCGUCCUCAACAACAGUGGUCUGGCCAGUGAGAAGGACUACCCGUACACCGGCCAUGUCAAACCGGCCAGGUGCUUGACCAACAAGUACAGCAAAGUGGCCUGGAUCCAGGACUUCAUCAUGCUGCCGGACAACGAAGAAAGAAUUGCUCAGUACCUGGCCACCAGGGGUCCGAUCACUGUGACCAUCAACCAGGCCCAACUACAGCACUACCAGAAGGGCGUGAUCAAAGCCACGAGCACCAACUGUGACCCUCGACUUGUGGACCAUUCUGUCCUGCUGGUGGGUUUUGGCAAAAGCAAGGCAGAGAAAAUGAGGGGGGCAAAGACCGCAUGGACCCAGUCUCGUCGCCCCGGCCGCUCCACCUCCUUCUGGAUCCUGAAGAACUCCUGGGGGGCCAACUGGGGUGAGCAGGUGAGUCUGACCCAACGGGGAGGAGACGGGGCACAGAGGCCCAUCCCACCUGCUGGCCCCCAAGUCCCUUACGUUCCUCAACUUCCUAGGGCUACUUCCGUCUCCACAAGGGGAGCAAUGCCUGCGGCAUCACCAAGUACCCACUAACAGCCCGUGUGGACCGGCCAGUCAAGAAGCCGCGGGUCUCCUGCCCUCCCUGAGCAGGGCAACCACGCCUAGGCCUCUCCUGCAUACCAGCUGUCUUCCUCGCCAACCCCGUCAUGAGGCUUCCCCAACUUCUGUCUAUGGCUUAAAUAAACCAAGUUGAUACCCCUGG